UAGCUUUCAUGGUUCUUUUGGUGUUUUCUUCUUGAAAUCAAAAAGGGUAGUAGCCCAGCUAGCUCGCUCCCUCCCUCCCUCCCUCCCUCUCUCUCUCUCUCUCUCUCUCUCUCUCUGUGUAAGAAGCAUCCGAAGUCUUAGAAUAUUUUCCUGGUUUCACGAUUCGAGUUUGGUUUUUGGGGGUUUCUUGUUCUUUUGGCACGGUCCAGGGAGUCCGACAUUUGAAUAAUAAAUCAUACCCAGAAUUUAUCUCCUUGUUCUUGUUAAAAAUCUUGGAAUCGCUUUUGUUUUCUACUGUGUUUGCUCUCCAAAGCUCUUGGCUUUUGCUCGUUGCAGCUUCUAAUUAGUACCACUUCCACUACUUCAUCUCCUGAUACACAAAUCACUACUGAAUUAUUAUUCGAUCCAAAUGAUGAUGUCCCCUGAAAUCUUUUCAAUUCCCACUUCAAUCAAUCCGAACCCUAACCCUAACCCUAACCCUAAACCAAACUCAGUAGCCAAGAAGAAGCGAAAUCUCCCUGGAACUCCAGAUCCAGAUGCUGAGGUGAUUGCUCUAUCGCCAAAGACUCUGAUGGCGACUAACAGAUUCAUCUGUGAAAUCUGCAACAAAGGGUUCCAAAGAGACCAGAACCUGCAGCUUCACAGAAGAGGCCACAAUCUGCCAUGGAAGCUGAAGCAGAAGUCCACCAAGGAGGUGAGGAAGAAGGUCUACAUAUGCCCGGAGAAAACCUGCGUCCACCACGACCGGUCCCGGGCCCUCGGCGACCUCACCGGAAUCAAGAAGCACUUCAGCCGGAAGCACGGCGAGAAGAAGUGGAAGUGCGAAAAGUGUUCGAAGAAAUACGCGGUUCAAUCCGACUGGAAAGCCCACUCGAAGACUUGCGGGACUAGAGAGUACAAGUGCGAUUGUGGCACCCUCUUUUCCAGGAAAGACAGCUUCAUCACCCACAGAGCUUUCUGUGACGCCCUGGCUGAAGAGAGUGCAAAACUCACUUCUGUUGCAGCCACCAACUUGAACUUCAGAAACGAGGGUGUCAACAAUUUUCCGCCGGCUGGAAUUUCCGGCCCCGACGCCGGAAACCUCCAGUUUGGUGCAGGUUUCAGACCAAAUUAUGGCGUCUUUCCGGCGGGGAAUUCACUCAUGGGCUCUUCCAGUUCUUUGCCUGAUAUGCUGCAAAUGGCGCCGGCGAAUCUGCUCGGCCCGAUGCCAUGUUUCGGAACCUAUAACCAAUCACAAUGGAUUAGUGACAAGAACAUUGCAACUUCAAAGCCGGCCAACCUUGCCCUGGCUGGAGCCGGAGCCGGAGCAGAAAACAAAGGGUCAAGCAUGGCGAGAGCCAUGACUUCUCUCUACUCCGACAAGCAAGCGCUCCAACCCAGCUCGUCGGUGGCGCCGAUGUCGGCCACGGCGUUGCUGCAGAAGGCGGCGCAGAUGGGCUCCACAACCAGCACCAGUCCGCCAUUCAUGGCCCACAGUACUUUAGGAGCAAUGAAUUCGGCAGCUUCGAAGGCGCCGGAGAUUCUGGUAAGCGCCGGCGACGGGAUAAUGGGUGGUUCAAAUUUGAGCUCAUCGGUUGGAUUGAACCGGGUGGAGAGCAACCUGACGAGAGAUUUUCUGGGCAUGGGAGGUGGAGCUCCAUUUUUGCAUGAGGAGCUGGCUAAGUUUGCAUCUUCCAUGGGGUUGAGCCAUUUCGGUGGUAACCACUGAAGCUGUAAUAUUACAUAUGAAUCUUACAACUCCUGAGUGUACGUUGUUUAUUUAUUAGUUAAUCUACUCUUCAUGUGGCACAGCAAAUCUCUUCCUUGCAAA